AUUGCCCUGUCUUUACCUCACUGGACCAUACCACGGUUCUCUAACCAAUCAGCCGCUCCCUAACCUAGGGAUCGUUAUCAAAGCGCAGGACUAGGAAAAAGUGGAAAAGGCCAGAAGAGGCUUAUAUGUCUAUACGUGUUAUAUCCCACAUGUGUACAUAAGUGCGGCGACUGAAUGAGCUUCUGCAUAUGGAAUACACGGCUUCGUACAGAAAUAGAGCGCAGGAGUAGAAGUGGGCGGAGAGAUGUGGGUGGGGGCACGGCUUGUAUGGGAGGAGCCUAUGUCUGUCUGAUACCCGCCCCCUUCACUAGAGCAUCUGCAGGUGAGAAGAAUGCCAGGCGCCUCUAAGCCGAUCCGGGAGCUGGCCGAUGUGCCCCUACACACACUGCUACUGAGGACCUACCUGCAGCUCCUGCACAGCCGCCCUGUCCUCACCAAGGCGAUCACCAGUGGAAUUCUGUCUGCUUUGGGGAACCUGCUGUCACAGAACAUUGAGCAGAGGCGCAAAAGUAAAUCUUCAGCCAAAAAUGUGGACCCGGUUGCACUUCUUCGUUUUGCCGCUUUUGGAUUGUUUUUCACAGGUCCUCUAUCUCACUACUUCUACCUGUUCCUGGAACAAGUGAUCCCUUCAUCUACACCAAUGGCAGGUCUUCGUCGCCUGCUGUUGGAACGUUUAAUAAUCGCUCCCGCCUUUCUAUUUCUCUUUUUCACUGUGAUGAACUUCCUGGAAGGCAAAGGCCUGAACUCUCUUAAUAAUAAACUGAAGGACAGUUACUGGUCAGCUCUGAAAAUGAACUGGAAGGUCUGGACUCCUUUUCAGUUCAUCAAUAUGAACUACAUUCCUGUACAGUUUCGAGUGCUGUUUGCCAAUAUGGUGGCCUUCUUCUGGUAUACAUAUUUGUCGAAAACCAGGAAAUGAUUUGAAAAUACAGUUUUUCUUGAUCAAAUUCGAGAAGUCUAGAGGCAACAACAGAAAUUGCUAAAAUUCCUCACCAGUUUUAAAGCUUUCCUCCACUUAAAACUGAUAAUUCAGUUUGGGCACUUUGAUCAGUAGAAUCACCUGCCAGCUCCCUAAAUAUUUUAUCAAGGGAAAGAUUUUCCUGCAGUCAAUUGUGUAGCCACCGCCUCCCAGGUGGAUACUUUGAUUCUAUUAUUUUUCUUCCACGUUGUGGAAACCUACAAGGUGAAUGUGACCCUUUAAUUUAUUUGACUUUGUAAUGGCUGCUGUGAGAGAACUUGAUGCUCACCUCUGGAGGCCUCAAGAUAUAAGAAUUCAGCCUAUGAUUCAUCUAUUCUGGAAACCAAGCGGAACUAAAUAUCUGGCUACAAUUGGACUAUAAUUUUUGCCUCAGCACAAUUCUCAGUAACACGGUCACCAAUAAUGUAAUAAUGGUUGGAAAUGGAUAAUGCAUUAUGCAGUAAGAUCUGCUUCUCUGUCUGGGGAAUUUUUACCUCACAUAAUACCUCAAACACCUAAAGAUGGCGCACACUAGUUACAAUUUGAUGUUAGAUCAGCAACAUUUACCAAUAACAAAGGACCUAAAUAAUUGGAUAC